AAAAAAAAAAAAAAAUCAUAAUGGACACUUCUGAUGACUACUCUAGUUGAGUAGUUACAUGGCUAAUUUCCUACAAAAUCUCGUGCCCUAAUUUGCCUCGCACCCCUUUCUUCCCCACGCGCCACCAUUUUCCCUGUGCAUCCAAAACCCGACCCAGUGUUUAGAAUGGAAAGUAGUAGCAGCAAAGCAUCAGUUCAGCAACUCACGGCUGAGGCAGCUGCACAGCUACAAGAAGGCAUUGGGUUGGUGUUGUGUAGAUGGACCGCCUUGCAAAUGGCUAUCGAAAACGAGUGGGGUGGUCGAGGCACUCGUGAAAAAUCUAAUCAGCUCAAUCUUGACAUUUUUAACGCUUUCACACAAUCCAAAGAAAAAGUAUAUAUGGAUGAUAUAGAAGAUAUUCUAGAUGAGUUCAUGAUAUCUCUAAAUACUGAAGUCAAUGAUGGCAGCCUUGAGGAGGUAGCAGAAAAAUUGAUGUAUAUGCAUGAAGAGUGUCUGGAAGGGAACUUCAAUUCAAUCAAAGUGCUAAGAGAAACAAAUGUUGGGAGGAGACCUGCUACUUAUGUCAGACAAGAUGCUAGUGACGACGACGAUAGUAGUAAUGAUGGCGGUGACAGAAAUGAGAACUUGGGCAACAAUGCAUCAGAUAUGGCAAUUGAUUCUAUGGAAACACAGUCAAGUUUGGGCCAGGAUAUGAUAGUUGAACCUGUGAUAAAGCAGCAAGCUGAAGUGGACGAGGCUGGUUGGACAACGGUACCUACGAGGCGUAAUAAAGGUAGAAGGAACUAAAGCACUACUACAGACCCAUGGGGUAAAAAGGAGUUAAACCCAACUGCAGUUGUAUACAUUUUUGGUCUAUAAUCUUAAAAAUGAAGGAAGCUUGCAAUAUUAGUGACAUAUUAUUGUAGUAGUCGUAAUCAUGGUGAUUGUAAUUUGGUUUUCUCGUUCAUCGAUGAAUUAUCCAGCAAUUAUCUCGGAAGACAUGAUUAUCUGCUAGUGUAACCAUGAAUUUUGUAGUUGAGUGUUACAGGGGCUUCAUCUAUGUUGCUUAAUGCUAUUGGUAUUCCAAUUGUUUCCCUGGCCA